AUGAAUGUAACACCUUCAACACCAAUUACAACACCUACACAACAACAACAACAACAACAACAACAACCAGCUCAACCGGUUCAACAACAACAACAACCACAACAACCAAUCGAACAAGAACCAACCAAACCGAUUGAAGCUAUCUUGGAAGAGUUUCAAUUGUUUCCUCUUUUAUUGGAUAUUAUCUCUAGACUCAAAGAUGAUGAAUUAGAGGUGUCUCGUGCUGUAAACACAUUCAAUGAACGUGCAAGUGAAGCUCUCAAACUUUUAAACACUCUCCCAGGUGUUCAUCGUUCUCCUCUUGAACAAGAGAAUUUGAGAGAUUCUUUAAAGUUGAAAUUAGAAAAGAAAUUAGAUUUAAUUGAAAAGUUAAAGAAUCAUAAAUUAUUUACUGAUCAACAACAACAACAAACACCACCAAUCAAUAAUAAUAAUAAUAAUAAUAAUAAUACAGAUGUUGAAAUGAAGUAA